AGCAUGAGAUGGUAGUAUAGGGAUCCGUUGGCAUUUGGCAAUGGCGGGUCUCCCCUUUCUCCUCUACUUUAAAUCCUGACUAUCAAUUUUUGUCUCAAACUACAAAAUACAGAUCCCCAACAUCACAAAUCUCAAUACCAGUUUCUCCUUAAUUUAAUAAUUAUAAAUCUCUCUCGAAUCUUCGCUGUUUCAGUUUCAGUCUCAGUCUCCCUCCCCUUCCAUGUACACUGACUCCUCACCCUUCACUUCACUCACUCUCACGCGCUUCCCUCAAUCAAUAAAUGCAGACCAGAACACUAAUUAAAUGAUAGAGAUAUAUAUUCAAAGCUUCUUCUUCUUCAUUAUGCGACGCUGAAGCAUGUUCUUCUCCGUCGUGGACACCCACCCCUCAUUCUCUGAUAUCGGGCCACUGACAUGGGCUGCAGCGGGUCCAAGGUGGAGGACUUCCCCGCGGUGGUUCUGUGCAGAGAGCGAAAGGCGUUCCUCAAAGCCGCAUCAGAGCAACGCUACGCUCUCGCCGCUGCACACGUGGCGUAUUUCCAUUCGCUGAGUGAAAUCGGCCACGCCCUUCACAAGUUCGCCGAACAAGACCUCACCACCACCACCGGUUCCUCCUCUCCGGUUCUCACAUUACCCUCGGAAACCAAAAGCAUCAACAAUAACAAACUCUCAUCCUCUUCCCCUUCUAUUUCUCACGCCGAUUCCCCCGACGGUUCUCACUUACCCUUAUCCUCUGGAUCCGAAUUAAGUUCUCCUUCACCUUCUCAUUCUCAUUCUUCUUCGCCUCACAUUCACGAUUCUCCAGAACCGGACCCGCCUCCAUACGGAUACUAUGAAAAUUACCAUUACGCUCACUACAUGAAGAGGUCUGUCCCUAAUGGAAAACCCAUGGUCUACGAAGAGCCCGAAAGACACGUGGCAACUAUUGGACAAUGGCCUGAUCCUUCUUACGGCUACGGCAACACCGGUUUCUACGGGUUUCCCGGUGGGAAUUACCCGUAUUACCCUCAACCUGGACCGUCAUCUUCUCCGCCGCGUCCUCCUCCGGCACCGCCGUCUCCUCCUCGCGUCUCCACCUGGGACUUCCUCAACUUUUUCGAUAACUUCGACAAUGGUUACCCGGGUUACCCGCCUCGGCUCGGGUCGAGUGCGAGCAGCCCCGAUUCGAAGGAAGUGAGGGAGAGGGAAGGGAUUCCGGAGUUAGAGGACGAAACGGAACACGAAACGAUGAAAGAGAAAGAGAAGGAGUUUGUUCCGUUGAAGAAGGAGAAGAAAAAGAUGGGAGAGGAGAAGGGUUUUGGUGUUGGAGUUAGGGAUUUCGGGGAGGGCCCUUCGAAUACCAAAACGGUGCCGUUGCAGCAGGUGAGUAGCAGCGAGGGGAGCUCCAAGACGGUGAGGUUUCACGACGGCAGCGAUAACGGCUCCGUCGAGAAAGAGAUCAACAGCAGCCCCGACACUGUUGCUUCCGAAGAGCGCGGUGCGAAGAAAGGGGUUAGUUUCGAGAUUGACGAAGCGACCGUUACGACGGUGGACGGUGACUCUUCCGUUUUGAGCAGCGCCACCACUUUGUCCGCACAUGGCACAAGGGAUCUCCGCGAGGUUGUUGAGGAGAUUCAGGGUGAGUUUGUGACGGCGUCGAAUUUCGGGAAAGAGGUUGCGUUGUUGCUCGAGGUUUGCAAACGGCCUUAUAGAUCUAGGGUUGCUGCACUUAGAGUUAUCUUUUCCAGAAUCCUGCAGAUGUUAGCACCUUCCAGGCUACCUUCAGAUCUUGUAUCUAUACAAUUUUCUUCUAGGGAAAUAAAAUUGGCGCAAGCAUACUGUGGUGGGGAACCUGGGAAAGACUUCAAGACAAAUCCAGAAAACCUUUCAUCCACAUUGGAGAAACUUUAUGCAUGGGAGAAGAAAUUGUAUAAGGAAGUUAAGGAUGAAGAGAGGUUACGAGCUAUUUAUGAGAAAAAGUUCAAGAGACUGAAAACAUUGGAUAAUCUAGGAGCUGAAUCUAGUAAAAUUGAUGCUACUAGGGCAUCAAUAAGGAAGCUGCAAACAAAAAUCAAUAUUUGCAUCAGAACUGCUGAAACUAUAAUGGGAAGAAUACAUAAAUUGAGGGAUAAUGAAUUGCAGCCUCAACUUGCAGCAUUGAUUAACGGAUUCAUAAGAAUGUGGAAAUUCAUGCUCAAAUGCCACCAGAAACAGUUCCAAGCUAUCAUGGAGAGUAAAAGUCAGUCUCUUAAGAUUAACGUGGGUCUGCAAGGAGAUGAAGGUUUGAAGGCCAUUGUAGAACUUGAAAAGGAGCUUUUGAAUUGGUGCAGUCAGUUCAACCAUUGGGUUAAGACUCAAAAAUCUUAUGUCAAGAAUUUGAAUGAGUGGCUCAUAAGGUGCCUUCCUAAUGAAGCUGAAGAAACAGCUGAUGGUAUUGCCCCUUUCUCUCCAAGUCAGCUUGAUGCCCCACCAGUUUUUAUAAUUUGCAAUGAUUGGAAUCAUGCAAUGAGUAGAAUAUCAGAAACUGGGGUGGCAGAGGCCAUGCAUGAAUUUGCUCUAAAACUACAUGAGUUAUGGGAAAAGCAAGAUGAAGCGCAACGCCAGAGAAUCAAAGCAGAGUAUCUUAGAAAGGACUUUGAGAAACAGCUUAGAACUUUGCACACAGAAAUGGGAGGCUCAGAACAUGACCAUGAUAAAGUUUUGGGAAAGAUUGCAUUGUCAAAGCUUGCUUCUGAUAGUGGUGUUUCACCACUAGAUGAUCUUAAAGUGGAUUUAGAUUCUAUGAAGAAGAAAUUGCAUGAAGAGAGGGUCAGGCAUAAAGAAGCCAUCAAACUUGUUCGUGAUGCAGCUAAUAAUAGUUUACAAGCUGGUUUGAUUCCCAUUUUCAAGACAUUAGAGAGUUUCACUUCAGAGGUGGUGAAAGCUCAUGAACAAGUCAGGCUUCAAAGUGCCGGGGACAAGUAGAUAUUCCAGCUAUUUGGUUUCUUUUGAGAUCAUGUGAUUGCAUUUACUAGUGUGGAUUAAUUGGGGGAGUCUAGAGAUUACAUGGAAGAUUUAGAACUAACCCACCAGUUUUGCAGCUAGAGUUAGUGUUAUUAUAUACGAAAGCACCUCUUGAAUUACCCUAUAGAGGUUUGCUCGGAACAUGUUUCAGCGAUGAAAGGUUUGGGCGCCUAAAAUGUCAGGAGUGGUCAUCGUGAAUUCAGCUCCGGUAACAUCCAAUCUAUAGUUAGGGGAAAAUUGUACAGACAAAAACAAAAAAACAAAAAAAUCAUUUAUUGGUUGAUUGGUUGUAACUUGUAGGUGGAUUGUAUAUGUUGCAUAUGCCUAGAAAAGGAGUGGGAUCUUAUCAAGAGGAAGCAAGGAAAUUUUGUAGAAGUUUCAAGAAUGAUCUGGUGAAUUUAAAAUGUUUUAUUUCUUGCAGUUUUGAUUCUUUGCUCUUCGCGGAUGUCCUGAUUCUGUUCGACUCCAUUGAAGCUAAAUGGCUGAUCCACCCAUUUAAGCCUCAAGAAGUCAUCUUCUGAUAAUGUAUUUUUGACACCGAUAGUUUUUUUUCUAGUGAUUUGAGUUGUUAGUGUUAAUUUUAAAUUGCUAAAAAAACGUAUAACAAUUGAUUUGAUCCUAUUUUCUCUCA